CUCUCUCCUCUAUAAAAAUAAAACCACUUCCUCCUGACAGUGUUCACUGCAGCUACACACUCCCCUGAACACAAGAGGACUGACGGCUUCAGAGCAUCAAUCAGACAACUUCCACUGUCAAAACAGGGUGGGAGAACAAAUAGAUCCUGCUGACAACAGAAAUGAAGAUGGCUGGUCUGUGCUGGAUGACUGUGGCCCUGGUUUUCUUCCUGUCUGCUGGAGACAGUGUUACUGCUGUGAACAGGGACGACCUUGCUAAGAUUGUAAAGUUCAUGGUAGACAGGUAUCAAAUAAAUUACCAGGUCAGUGUGGCUGUGAACACCCCAGUGAACCAGGACUUGAACAGGCUCGAUGAGUUUUUUGCCGCUGCCAGCGAUGUUGCUGAGAAAUUAGCGCAGAAUUCAGUGUUUGUAGACGACAGCAAGAUGGUUGCUGCAAAGCCUUACAAAAACGUUCAUGCAGAGGUUUAUGUUCUGAAGAAUAUGAACAACUUAAUUAACAUGAAGGAUGGCAAAUAUCUAAUCUUCUACUCUUUCUACUCCCCAUGUGAUGGACACUGUAUGAACCCAAAAAGUAAAUACACUAUCAUACCUAAGAUUAAUGAAAUCAUCCCCAAUUGGAGCGAACACGUCUUUGUGUUCUCCAAAGUGUUUGACCAGACCAGUAGCGGUACACCCAUUCCCAGGGAAAAAACUAUUGAGGCCCUCAAUCAGCUGGGGAACUCUGCAGUUGGUCACAACAACGUAUACCGUUGUUACAAACCACAGAAUCAAGAUUACCAAUGCAUCAACUGCUUCAAUGGAGCGUCCUAUGUAGAACAGUGUGUUGUUAACUGAGUAGAUAUCAGAGUAGUGAGACUCAACACAAGAAAUAUUACUUGUGCUCCAAAGAAAUAAUCUGUGCUUUCUUUUCAUACUAUUAACUUUUUCUAUAGCAUUGUUCUAUAGCUGUGUUAAAUAACUGCCUUCAGUACAGCAGGAAUCAUGCAAACUGUGUUCUUUUAACAGAUAUUUUCAUGUGUGUCAGGAUAAUAGGAGGUUUAUGUGUAUUUAUCUGCUCUUUCCAAACAAAGUGAUCAAAGAAUAAAAUAUGCAGCUACAUAAAUUACAAGUUUAAAAAUCCCAACAACAAGGGAGACUAAAGAUUUAGUGGUCAAUCAGUGAAUCUGGUGAAUUUAAAACAAAAAACAUCUGCUUGGUUUAUUUCAUCUCCACAUCUGUGUCUUAGUAUCUUUGUUUCCAAUGCUGGACUGUCGACAGUUAAAACAAAACAACACUGGAAAUGUGACGGCUGAACCUAACAAUUCAAAUUUUGGUAUUUAUGUCAUUUAGCUAAACCAAUUAAACACAUAUUUACUUCAUUGCUUUCUGUUCUUCUGUAAACAUUAUCAAAUCCUCUGCUCUGUGUAAUUAAAGCUUGACUCAGCAUUCA